UUUGUGGAGUCGCUUCAUGUUUGUAUGUUUGUUGUGAUUAUGAGUAUAAGGAAUAUAAUUAGUUUGAUCAACUUCAGUAAAUAUUCAAACACUGCAAAAAGGGAGUAAUUGAUCAUCAAACUUCAAAGUUCUCACUUAAUAUCAGAGAUUCAAUGGAACAAUUCAUAUAUCGUGGUCCCCUUGCUCUCCUGCUGCAAAAUGAUUUUGAUGGAACAACUCUGCAUUUGGACCUUAUAUAAGAAUAUGCAGUAAACCCCAGAUUUUGCAACUCACAUAUAUUUUUCGUCCUGUUCAACCAUGGUUGAUUCUCAAGAAUACAUUCUUCUCUUCCUUAUCUGGUUCAUAACCAUCCUCUUUCUCCGAGCCAUCCUUAGCAACUCACGAGGGAAAAAACCCCAUCUUCCACCCACCCCACGUGCCCUUCCAGUUAUUGGACACAUGCACCUCCUUGGCCCCAUACCUCACCAAGCUCUUAACAAACUUUCAGACCGCUUUGGACCUUUGGUCUACUUCUACAUCGGAUCAAAGCCUUGUCUGCUUGUGUCUUCCCAAGAAACCGCAAAAGAAGUAUUUAAAAACCAUGAAACUACUUUCUUAAACCGCCCAAAAAUGGCCAAUCUUGAUUACCUUACAUAUGGUACUGCUGAUAUGGCCAUGGCACCUUAUGGUCCCCUUUGGAAGUACAUGAAGAAACUUUGCAUGUCUGAACUUUUGGGGACUCGAACCUUGGACCAACUCCUUCCCGUCAGACGUGAGGAGAUGACUAGAUUUGUAAGAUUAAUACAAGACAAAGCUGAGACAGGUGAAGCACUUGAUGUUGGAGUGGAACUGAUGAGGCUGACCAACAACAUAAUAUCAAGAAUGCUACUUAGUAAGAGGUGUUCAGAUAAAGAAGAUGAAGCCAAUGAAGUGCAGACAAUAGUGAAAGAGAUGAACAAACUUGGCACAAAGUUUAAUCUAUCGGAUUUACUUUGGUUUUGUAAAAAUUUAGAUCUUCAAGGGUUUAGGAAAAGGCUCAAGGAUGUUCGAGAUAGAUAUGAUAUUCUGAUGGAGAAAAUCAUAUUGGAACACAAGGAAGCAAGAAAGAAGAAUAAAUCGACUGCAGCUGACACCAUGAAAGAUGUACUUGAUAUUUUGAUCGAAAUAUCGGAAGACCAAAAUGCUGAGAUGAAAUUGACCGCAGAGAACGUAAAAGCCUUCGUUAUGAAUUUUUUUGGGGCUGGGACAGAUACAUCCUCGGUUACAAUAGGAUGGGGAAUAGCAGAGCUUAUUAAUCACCCAAAUGUGAUGGAGAAAGUACAAAAGGAGAUUGAUUCCGUGGUUGGAAGGAACAGAAUACUGGAAGAAUCUGACAUAUCAAACCUCCCAUAUCUGCAAGCUAUAGUAAAAGAAACAUUGAGGCUUCAUCCUGGUGGACCAUUAGUUGUGAGAGAGUCAACAGAAGAUUGUGUCAUUAGUGGUUAUGAGAUUCCAGAAGGUACCAGGCUCUUUGUCAAUGUGUGGGCUCUUGGUAGGGACCCCAAUCAAUGGGAGAACCCCCUUGAGUUCAUACCAGAGCGAUUUCUUAGUGAAGAGUGGAGGCAAGGCAAGAACCAGUUUUUGGAUGUGAGGGGACAACACUUCAGCCUGUUGCCAUUUGGGAGUGGAAGAAGAAGCUGCCCUGGAGCUUCGCUGGCACUACAGGUUGUCCCGACAGUCCUUGGCAUAAUGAUACAAUGCUUUGAUUGGAAGGUUAGAGAUGGAGCAAAUGGCACUGUUAAUAUGGAGGAAAAAGCUGGAAUGACUCUUCUUAGAGCUCAUCCAUUGGUUUGUCACCCAGUCACAAGGCUUUCUCCAUUUCCAGCACUAUGAGUAUUCCGAUACAGACCCUUGUCUCCUUGCAGACAUGCUUGGACUAUAUCUAAAUAUCUAGUAGAAAGUGCAAUAUUAGUAUAAAUAAGGAUGUAUGUAAACCGUCGAUUGUGUCCACAUUUUCUAUUCUUGUAAGUUGUAAAAUGUGGGAUGACUAGGCGCUCUGCCAUUGUUGUGUGGCUUCGAAUGGAACUUGUUUCUUCUUAGAAUUACUUCUGUUGCGAUUGCCGAAUCGCCCUGUCAAUAAAUUCCUUUGUCUUAUGAGUU